AUGGAUCAAAACAAUGCCUUUCAGCCCUUGUCAAGUGAUAAUCGCGGUGCUAUCAUCACCUUGACCUCGGUUGCGCUUCUGAUCGUGGCCAUAAUUUUUGUGCUGGCCAAGAUUGGUUCGGUGAUUUAUUUUAAGCAGCGGCGGACAGCAGUCAAUACUCCCAUCUGGAUCGCUUUGGUUCUUGCAAUUGUUCAAGUCGUUGUCUUACAAAAGGCUGUUGAUCAUGGACUAGGAAAGCACCAGAACCAGCUUAGCGAAGGCGAUAUUCAAAGCUGGAGCAAAUUCGCCUUCGCAGCUCACAUUCUGCUCAUCCUUGUCUUAUCGCUGUCGAAAUUCUCGACUAUCCUUUUGGUUUGGAAGUUAACACCGAGUAAGACGCUCCGUCGCAGCUGUGUUGUCACAGCUGGUAUAGUUGUCGGGUGGGCGGUAUUCGCAGUGUUUAGCAUAGCUUUUCAGUGUGUAUUGCCCGAUGUGUGGUUGUACUCACCCGAGCGAUGUGCUGGAGAGGGAGCCCUUCUCUACCCCAUCGCAGCCAUGAACAUUCUCACAGAGGUUGUCAUUGUCAUCCUGCCCUUUAUUAUGAUGCGGAAUGUCCAGAUGGCUCGACACAAGAGGGUGAAGAUCCUAUGCUCCUUCUCUUUGCGCCUAAGUAUCCUCGGCCUCGCAAUCACCCACCUAGCUCUCGUACCUUCAUUUGUUCACUCAAUCGAUAUCUCCUGGGACAUUGUCGUUUGGGCAACAGUCGGUCAGGCAAUGAUGCUGACAGCCAUCGUAAUAGCUUGCGUCCCAACCCUUUACCACAUCUUCGCCGGCCUACACUCUGGCCUGAAUACGACUCAGAUUUCCGACGGCAACGGCCUCGAGCUACCGCAGACCAAGGGGAGCGGGGGGUGGGUCAACCAAUCAUCCUCGGGAGCAAGUCAUUCAAAUUCACGACCGCGGUCGCGGGGGCGCUCGAAGACAAUGUUUGAUGGAUGGGGAGGUCAGACUGGGGUUGUCACUCAGGUUUCAUCGGGUCGGGAUACGAACCAGAACGAUGGUGGUAGGCAGUCAAGUUCGAGCGAGGGGACUGAGAGUACACGGCAUUUGACGCAGGACCUCCAAGGGAAGGGAGCCGUGCUAAGGACAGUUGAUGUUACGGUGGAGAUUGAGGACCAGUAUCAUCGGGACCGGCUUUGA